CUUCUCCUGAAAAAUCUCCAGCUUCGGUUCAACAUCUUCCACGAGUUUCCCGGUAGUCACGGUAGUAUACAUUCGCUUUUCCAACCACCAAUUCACAUUCAUUUUUUCUCUUUUUUCCUCUGACCGCCUACCCAAAGUUUUAUUACAGAUCUUCAAGCAAGCUUCCCCGACUUUGAUCCAGUUUAUAGGUAACUUAGGAUCGUCGAAAACAGCUCCAGAUCUAGACCACUUCAUUGUGUGUUCUAUAACUUUCUACCCACCACAUUCACACAUUCACCUCGCCAGUAUCUCACAAUUUUUACAACAGAGGUGUUCAAGGGAACUGACUCGACAUUCGUUACUUUUAUUUUACGACCUAUACUGUCGUUGAUUAACUUACCUACGUAAUCUCUAUAAUCCAUUACAACAAUUAACAGUAAUCGUUUUUCGAUUGCUAGGAGUCCGAGCACUACAUUUAGAAUCAUUUGCCCAUUUAAUUGAAUAGACACUAGUCAGCGGAAUCUUAUUCGAUAUGCCUCCUAAUGGGAAUGGCCACCCCGAAUUUGACGAAAAGGGUUCACCCACGUUAACCCACGCCCCGACCGUUUCAGAUACUGCCGGCGACUCUGAAAAGUACAAUGAGAGAUACCACGCAGACCGACCUCAACAUCUUCAAGUUCCCGGCGAGCCACACCGAACACACACAGACCAUGGAUACCUAUCGGAGGUCGAGUCUAGGGACCAAGCUACUCGACUGGUUGAUGAUCUUACCUUGUUACAGGCCGAGCAAGCAGUUAGCAAUCGAGAAUCCAUCGAACUUCGUCGUGCUCACUCCAAAUCCCGCAGCCAUGAACCGGUCAAGGAGGAUGUGUUUAACCAACCAGCUCAGGCCCCUACUAUCGGGUUGACGCCAGAGCCUCCUAAUCAUCUGAACAAAGUAUUCCGAGGAAUUAAGGGUUUGCCUCGGAUGGUUCGAUACUUUUUGUAUUGUCUACCCGCCACUGCUAUCUUGUUAAUUCCUAUAUUGCUUGGAAAGUUCCUUCCUCAGGAUCAACAAGCUGUUAUCGGUGGUCCCGGUGGUGUUCAGUUGAUGUGGUUUGGUAUCUGGCUCGAAGUCGUUUGGUUAUCUCUAUGGGCUGCGAGAAUAGCUACUGCCGUUAUGCCGUUCCUUUUGGGUAUCUUUGCUAAGAUCCUGGGCUCAGGAAAUCCUAAGAAGUGGAGAGGCGUUGGCCGACAGCUGGAGUUGCACACAGCCCUAUUCCUUUGGAUGCUUGCUGUACUAAUCUCAUAUUUCCCCAUCUUGAACAACCACAAGAUUCCAGCCAAGGUGCCGGACGAAGCCGAUACUCAAUAUCCAGAUAUUAACUGGAUCAAUGUUGUCAACAAGAUUAUUGUCGCGCUUUUUGUGCUCGCAAUUUUAAACUGGGUCGAGAAGAUUAUAAUGCAAUGGAUCGCCGAGUCUUUCCACUUGCGAACAUAUUCGUCACGCAUUGAAACGAAUAAGCAAUGCAUCGCAUACCUUGUUCAUCUCUAUGAACACUCUAAGGAUAAGCUGGUUCCGGAAACAUCGGUUAUGACUGGUCAGGGUCAGGACUCCGGUACUAGAACGCCCCUAGCCAUGUUUUCGGACAAUGCUCGAGACACAAUGGCCAAAGUCGGUGAUAUUGCAAAUCGCGUGGCUGGCGAUUUUACUGGACGUGAAGUUAGGAACCGAAAUCACCCGCGAAAGGUCGUCUCCGAACUACUCCGUAAUACCAAUUCUGCCCAGGUACUCGCUAGACGUCUAUUCCGCACUUUUGCGCAACCCGGUGCCGAAGUUUUAAUGCCACAAGACUUGAGCCCGGCUUUUCCCACUAAAGAAGACGCCGAUGCAGCAUUCUUCGUUUUCGACCGCGACUUGAAUGGAGAUGUAUCGAUGGAUGAACUCGAAGCUUUCUGUGACGAGGUUCAUCGCGAAAAGAAGGCGAUCGCAGCCUCACUGAAAGAUCUAGACUCAGUUAUUACGAAACUAGAUCGAGUUCUCUUUUUUAUCAUCUUCAUUAUCGCCGUUAUCGUGUUCAUCUCAAUCAUAUCCGCCUCUACCGCAGCCGCUUUAGCUUCUGCGGGAACGGCGGUUUUGGGUCUCGCGUGGGUUCUUCAGGCUACCGCUCAGGAAUUCCUUCAAUCGAUCAUCUUUGUUUUUGUGAAGCAUCCGUUUGAUGUCGGUGACCGAGUCACGAUUUACGGCAACACUGGAUCCCUAAUGAGAGGUGACGACUACUAUGUUACUGAAAUCUCACUUCUAUACACCGAAUUCAAGAAGAUGGAAGGUCACAUUGUCCAAGCUCCCAACUCGCUACUGAAUACGCUGUUCAUUCUGAAUCAUCGUCGCAGUGGCCAAUUGGCAGAUGUAUUUGAACUCCGAAUGAAGUAUGGCACACCACCAAGUGUUAUCAAAGAACUCGAGGCUCGUAUGACGGAAUAUGUUCUAGACAACAAGCGCGACUUUACUAGCAAGAUCAUUACGGAACUUCGAAGUUUCGAGGAUGCGUACUGUAUGACGGUCAAUUUCAUUUGCUUUCACAAGACAAGCUUCCAGAACGAACUACUCCGUCUCAUUCGCCACAACAAGUUCGCUAUCGAGUUGAUGAACCAAAUGGUUGCCUUAGGUAUCGAGCAGCCCCGCCGACAAUACCAGAUUUCCGGUCAGGACUGGCCCGUUUUCCAGGCUAACGUUCAGCCGCCAUCUUACGAGGAGCGACAACAGAGUGUGGAUCCUUCUUUGCUAACUGCGACCCGUCGGCGUGCGAAUUCCCACGCCCACGAUACUACAGGUGACGUCUUCCAGGACGUUUUCGUCGCACGCAAGGCCAGCGAUUCUAUAACCCAACGUCCUCCUAGAAUAAACGAGGAGCUGGCCGAUUUGGAUAGUGUGGCAGUCGGUAGCAGUUCGCAGUUGGAUAAGGUCCCUUCUAAUGGAAGCGGCGGCCGCAGCAGCCAUAGGAAUUUGUUCGGUCGCUCUAUGACACUAAGGAGAAGUGCUGAUCGAUCGGAACGAGAUAGGGAUAUCGUUUAAUCCAAAACGACCAGCGUUUUUUUUUCUCUUUCAUUUCUGAAAAACCAAGGCAGGGGAGCAAGGAUAGGGGGAGAGGCGGAGCGUAAUAUUUUAUGAUUCACGGCAGCACACGUACACAUUUACACGAACAUACACAGGCGAACAUUCACGCAAACAUACAUACACACGCCCUUCAUUUUGAGAUAGACUGGAAUCGAGGUUAGGUAUAGACUGGUCAUAUACCCAUAGGCUUCACUUUUUAGAGGGAUGGUAGCCAGCUAGGAAAGGCAGGCGGUUACGUAGCGUCUGGUAAUUGAUUAAUGCUUUCUGGA